AUGAGCAUAUUCGCGUGGCUCCUAGUCGUGGCAUUGGCCGCAUGUGCGGCCCCAGAUGCGGUGGGCGCCCUCGCCUCCACGGCUCCUCGCAAGUCUGCCCCCUUCCAGACACGCAACCUGAUCGAAAACCACCAGAAAGGCUUGAAGCUUAGGGUUUCCACCACCUCUAUCGACACCUCGGGCCAGUAUGUUACGGUCUCAUGGUCCGGCGUCGAGGACCCAGCUGACACGGAUAUGGUUGCCAUGUACCUGGCAGACAGGGAUCCAUCCGAAACCUGGCCCAUGAAGUACAUCUGGACCUCUACGGUGCCCAAUGCCCAGAGGAGGGGUGCUGGACAGUACUUCUUCCAGGUCUACAACUACUAUGAGCCCAUCAAGUUUGUCUUCCUGAGGGGCGCAUUUGGCGACAAGUUCAUCGCGGCCACCUCAGAGAACAUCACCUCCACCAACCCCCAGCAGCCCACGCAAGUGAAGCUGGCCUUCACCGAGGAUCCGAGCGAGAUGCGGGUCACCUGGCUCACCCAGUAUGAGGGCAACCCCAUCAUCAGGUACGGCCUGAGCAAGAAGGACCUGUCCCUCUCCGUCACGGCCAACGUCUCGACCUACACCCCUGCUGACCUGUGCGACGCCCCGGCCAACUCCACUGGCUGGAAGGAGCCGGGGACGAUUAACAGCGGCGUGAUGACUGGCUUGGAGCCCAACACCCGCUACUACUAUGUCGUAGGGGACGAGGGCGAGGGCCCCUCCUCCAAGGUCACCAGCUUCAUCAGCGCGCCCACCCCCGAGGACACCGUUCACCUGCUGGCACUGGCCGACCUGGGGCAGUACAACGAGGACGGCAGCCGCAACUUUGCUUACUGGUACCAGUACUACGAGCCCGCCGACGAGUUCUAUGCCAUCGACACCAUGCAGUACACGAUGAUGCACAUGAUCCUGGCGGCAGUCAACAACGAGGCGGAGCAGGACGGCACAGUGGUGACAUACCCCGCCCUGCACAUGGAGGCCCGGACCGGGAAGUACCAUUCCGCCUGGCACAACGGUGACGUGUCCUACGCGCGCGGCGCCGAGUGGCAGUGGGACACCUACGGGCACCAGAUCGAGCCCGUCACGAGCCGCAUCCCCACCAUGUACACGAUGGGAAACCACGAAUACGACGAUCCCAACGCCUACGACAGCAGGUUCAGCACCUCCGUGGACAGCGGUGGCGAAUGCGGUGUGGUGCAGCAGAAGAGGGCGCCCAUGCCCACUGUCACCGAGCGGGACAUGUUCUACUCCAUCAACCACGGCCCCAUCCACUUCCUGCAGCUCAACACCGAGGCCAACUUUGAGCCUGGUUCUGCUCAGCACGACUUUGCGGUCGCCGACUUGGCCGCCGUCAACCGCAGCGUGACCCCCUGGGUGGUGGUCGGCUUCCACCGCAUGAUGUACACGGAUUCGUACUACGGCUUCACCCCCACCUCCAGCCAGGUCGUGGCGGCCGACAUGCGCGCCGCCUUUGAGGACCUCUUCUUCGAGUACGGCGUCGACAUGACCUGGCAGGGACACCUGCACAACUACCAGCGCACCUGCCCCGUCUACAACAACACCUGCGUCGACUACGAUGACGAGGGCGUGGCUCGGGGGCCCAUCCACGUGACCAUGGGGCACAACGGCUUCAUGCUGACCCCCUUCUACCAGCCCGAGGCCCCCAACGCCUUUGACGGGCAGCCCACCUUUGCGUCCUUUGGCUACUGCCGCGCGGAGGUCAAUCGCACCCACUUCAACCUCCAGAUGCUCGACUCCCUGCGCAUGGAGCUGCGUGACGAGUUUGUGCUGUACAAGCCCGAGGGCUGGCAGCUGGACCGGGAGGCCAACCUGCAAGUCAUGGCCAGCGUCACCCCCGUGCCCUUCCCCAUGCUGAUCCCGAUCUCCGGUUGGGGCGCGGUGGUCGAGAAGAUCUUCCCCCUGCUGGCGAUGCAGGACCUGGCAGGGGCUCUGGAAGCCUUUGGACCAUGUAAGGGGGUCCCAUGA